UUUACCGCAACCACCUGAUUGUAGACUAGCUCUGCGCUGUCUGUGGUUGGCUCCUGUUUCCGUCUUAUCCCUAGCUCUAUCGUCAAUACAACGAAUGAGUAAGACACGAGCAAAUGUGAGUCCUCAGUUACAUCACUCUGAUGAUGCAUCGAUGACAUCACUCGGACGCUCCAGGAGACACGCACAGGAUUUAUGGCAGCAAUCUUACAAGCUGGAACCAGCUGUUGUAUGGUUCUUCAAGAGCUUCCGCACAAUGUCGCAGAGAGAGCAGCACCGGGAAACACAACAAUAAUUAUUGUUGAAACGAUCGAUGAGUUGAGGAAACACAUCACAGCGAUCGAGCAUCGGAUCCGACAGUGACAACAAGAGCAGCAGGCGACGACAGUAACAGCACUCAUCUUUGGGUCUGCGGCAAGUCCGGUUUUAGCAGCCAGCUCCGUCUGCCAUCAGCGAAUUGGAACUCCUAUUGUCUCCUCUUUCCUUUGGUGGUUCCCGUACAGUAACGUAGCACCAAAUCCGCGACGAAAUAUUCCGUUGGACACUGGACAACCUUGUGUUACAUUUCCACCCAUCCUUCCAUUCCAUUCCACUAUUCAAUUCAGUGGAUACAAUGGCCGCCUACGAGAUGGCAAUCUACUCUGACAGUGACGGAGAGCAGUGGUACGAAGAAGAAGAGUCCACGGCUCCUGAUUCCGUUCUGUUGUCGUUGGUUCAAUCCUACGAUUGGGCUGGGACAUUGGCCCGCAUCGCUUCACAUCCGGACGAGGCACGUGCUGUGGGUGUCCAAGGUCGCAAACCACUGCAUGUUGCUUGUGAUCACGAUGCUCCUGCUGUGGUAGUUCAAGCGCUGCUGAAAGUGCACCCAGAAGCAUCGACGAUGGUCGGUACUUCCAACAUGAACCCUCUACACAUCACCUGCAGUUCCCAGCAUGCCUCGGUCCAUGUCAUUCGUGUCCUCCUCGAAGGGGGCGUCCCUUAUCAAACCCAAAUGCGCGAUGUGGACGGUGACACGCCACUCCAUGCAGCUUGUCGAUGUGGAGCUCCGAUUGAAGUGCUCGAAGUGUUAUUGAGAGCCAAUCCACAUGCCGUCUGCGAACGAGAUUACGAAGGAUUAACUCCCCUUUUACGUCUCUGGGUACGCUAUUUUGUCAUUCUUGGAGACGAUGUCAUUCAUGGAGUCAAAGGGCCUGCUGAUCUCACUGGAGAACUAGGAGAAGCGUGGAGGAAAACAGAAUUGCUUUUGCGGUAUGCCUACCAUGGCACGGAUGCUGGCAACAACAGAGAUGGUAUUCCUGGACUCACCAAGGGCAUGUCAGCGCAAGACGGCGCUCUUCACACAGCGUUUCAAGCGGUUCAUGCCACGGCAGCCGUAGAUUGUCCUCGCCCCGUGGUCAAAAUUGCUACCAUCAUUUAUCCACAUCAAGCGGACGAAUUGGAAAGUGGAACCGGCCUUACGCCACUCCUUAUCGCUGCCAAGGCUCCCAUAUUUAAAGUGCGAGAUCUGAGUGACGAAGGGUACUUGUUGGAAGACCGAAUUCAUGGUGAUGUUACUGACAGCGACGAGAACAACCAGGAAGACGAUGACGCUUCUCCUCAGGCUUCGGUGAUUGAAAUUCUACUAAAUGCUUCGGCGGAAUCGGCGUGUGUGCCAGAUCCCAAGGGGCGACUGCCAUUACACUUGGCACUGGAGGCAGGCAAACGAUGGAAUCAAGGUGUCAGAGAUAUCAUUAGUUGCUAUUCGGACGCACUGGGCGUUGUGGACCCAGUCACCGGCAUGGUUCCCUUUCAGUUGGCGGCGGAAGGAUCCAAAACUGAUCUCUCAACCAUUUUCGAAACCAUACGCAGCAAUCCAUCUAUGCUAAGGCUUUCUCGAAAGGGCGAUGAUGAAGCAUCGCUGGGCAAGCUGAAGAGUUCAUAGUGUUAGCUACCGUACCGUAUUGAGAUUUGCGAACGGAAAAGGCAAACCAAACAUCGUAUUGCUAGUAAGUAGUAGUAGGUAGUGUCUAAAUGAAAUCUCUAUGAAAAGCAUAACAGAUACGUAACAGUUACUAUUUGAUGACGCAUUGAAGCUUUUGAUCGGGUUGCAAUGAAAUGCACGAAAAUAAGGAAAACCUUGCAAUUCCCACACAAAUAGAUGUACCUCCAUUCGAAUCAUAUAAUGUACCUCCAUUCGAAUCAUAUGCAUCCAUCCUAUGCAUACGGUACCGAAACAAAUAAGGCUCUCUCGAUUGGGCAACCAAGUCGCAUUUCUGCAGCUG